AUGGCUGCUGCGAUAAAGAACCAGGAAAUUGUUAUGAGACAACAACGGAAAAGUCGGCUCAGAUUACUAGUUGCAGUGAUUGCUGCGACCUCGAGAACAGUUGUGUCGCAGUCAAGAACGGAUAUUCUGGUCCUCGCAGGAAUGGGCCAUUCUGGUUCGAGUUAUGGUCCUGGGGCCUCCAAUGCUGUCUGCUCUUCAAAGGGUGACUGUUGUUCUGGUCCUGGAAGCCGCGAUCAGCUCAAUAUUCUCCCCUCGAAAAACCUCGACAUCAAACCUGCAGCGGACUUGGACCUCGAACAGAUCCCAUCGAAUCUCGAGCAUGUCAUUUUGGACGUGCAAGGACUCACAUGCACGGGUUGCGAAACGAAGUUGUUCAGAUCUUUGCACGCCAUUCCAGGUAUUUUCCAUCUUCAGACCAGUCUAGUACUUUCACAGGCCGAGUUCGACCUUAACGAAAAGGCCGGUUCCAUAGACGAAGUCAUCAAGUCCGUCGAAAAGGCCACUGGAUUUGCUUGUCAGCGGAUAAACAACGAAGGCCAAGAAGUUGAUGUUGUUGUCGACGGCGAUGCAAAGGUUUUCGUUGCCCAAAAAUAUCCUCACGGCGUCCUCCAAAUGACUGCUAUCGGGCAUCAAUUGGUGCGCAUCUCGUAUGAUGGCAGGAUCAUCGGAGCAAGAGUAUUGCUAAGGGAAUGCUUUGACAGUCCUCUGAAGCUUGGCGCUCCUCGGCGCUCCUCUGAACUGGAGAGUGGGAAACGGCAUGUUUGGAAUAUGGCCUGGAUUACGUUGCUCUCCACCAUUCUUACAAUUCCAGUACUUGUCAUGGCAUGGGCUCCCCUUCCUCAUCGACCUAUUGCCUAUGGAAGCGCCUCCCUAGCACUGGCCACGAUCGUGCAGGUUGUCGUUGCCGGACCAUUUUAUCCUAGUGCUUUGCGGGCGUUGCUGUUCACCCGAGUGAUCGAGAUAGACCUACUCAUCGUCCUCAGCACGUCCACAGCUUACAUCUUUUCGAUAGUCUUGUUCGCCUACGUAGUGGUUGGGCAACCACUAUCGAUCGAGCAAUUCUUCGAGACCAGCACGCUGUUGAUCACAUUGAUUGUCCUUGGACGACUGGUGAGUGCCUUCGCGCGACAAAGGGCAGUCGAGUCCGUCUCCAUCAGGUCUCUCCAGGAAGAAACGGCUACGCUUUGUACCACUAGUGGCCUUAACGACGAACCGAUUGAUGUCCGUCUUCUCCAGUAUGGCGACUGUUUUAAGGUUCAACCAGAUUCGCGCAUUACGACAGAUGGUGUGGUAGUCUCUGGCACGACGGAAGUCGACGAGUCCAUGGUCACUGGUGAAUCCCUACCAGUUGAGAAGUACCCAGGCUCCCCAGUCAUCGCCGGAUCGUUGAAUGGGUCUGGCGUCAUCGUGGUACGACUGACACAUCUUCCUGGCGACAAUACUAUAAGCACGAUUGCGACCAUGGUAGACCAAGCCAAGUUCUCUAAACCCAAGACCCAGGAGAUUGUGGAUGUUGUUGCUGGUUAUUUCGUCCCCGUUGUCUUGGUCCUCACCAUCAUCACUUUCGCUAUUUGGGUUGCUAUCGGUGUUGCAGUGCGUCACCAAAGGAGCGGCCCUGCUGCCGUGAACGCAAUCACCUACUCUCUGUCAGUUCUUAUCAUUUCCUGUCCAUGCGCAAUUGGUCUGGCCGUUCCCAUGGUCGUCGUUAUUGCCGGAGGUGUAGCAGCAAAACAUGGUGUUAUCUUCAAGUCCGCCACGACGAUUGAAGUGGCACGCAAUAUUUCUCAUGUUGUCUUCGAUAAGACCGGAACUCUCACCCAAGGUCGACUUGCGGUCAUGGAAGAGCUAUACCUCUCUGAAGACCAGGCUCUCGCAGCUGCCGUUACUUUGGGCUUAACCCGCGACAACAAACACCCUGUUUCCACCGCUCUUGCCUCGUGCCUUAACGAGAAGGGUGUCGACGCUGUCAGCGUGGAAGAUACCAAGUCGAUCACUGGCAAGGGAGUCCAAGGGACAUUUAGAGGUGUUGAAGUGCGUUGUGGCAAUACUCGCUGGCUCUCCGCGAACAAACGCCCUGAAGUCCAAGAUCUUCUGGUGAAGGGUCUUACAGUUGUUGGUGUGACCAUGGCUGAGGAGCUUGUCGCCAUCUUUGGUCUUUGCGACUCACUCCGCCCAGAAUCUCAAUUUGUCGUCGCUGAGCUCCAGAAGCGCAACAUUGGUGUAUCUAUCGUCAGUGGCGACGAUGCUGGAGCUGUUGACGCUGUGGCCGCCAAACUCGACAUUCCGGUUAGCCACGUUAGGUCUAGAUGCACACCCGGCGAUAAGCAGGAGUACCUCAAACGACUCAAAGCUGAUGAAGGAAAGAAAGUUCUCUUCUGUGGCGACGGUACCAAUGAUGCAGUGGCACUGGCUCAAGCUGAUAUUGGCGUACACAUCAAUACUGGUAGCGACGUCGCCCAGACCGCUGCUGAUGUUGUGCUUGUGCGUCCAUAUCUGUCUGGGGUCUUGAUCUUGCUGGAUUUGUCAAAGGCCGCUUUCUACCGCAUUUUCUUCAACUUUGCGUGGGCAUUCGUGUACAACGUAUUCGCUGUACUGCUGGCUGCUGGGGCCUUUGUUAAUGCUCGGAUCGAACCUCAGUACGCUGGGUUAGGAGAGCUCGUCAGUGUCCUACCCGUCAUCUUGAUUGCCCUGCAACUCAAGUUUUUCAGGCGACAGUAUUGA